GUAACUAUUCCUGGGUUGACAGAUUAUUGUCUCACCGAAUUUCCUUGACUGCAACGUACACUGACUCUUUGACUCACCGCCGGACUGAAUCACAAUGAGUCAACCCAACCCCUACAUUCUCGCCGCCGACAACCCCUCCGCCGUCCUGGCCCUCCUGCGAUCCAACCCAUCAAUCGCCUCAAACCAAGACGAACAUGGAUACUCCCUUCUUCAUGCGGCAGCUUCCUACGGACACAUUGAUCUUCUUCGCGCCCUCGUUAAAGAGUUUAACGUGGACGUCAACUUGUUAGACGAAGACGGCGAGACGUGCCUGUUCGUGACAGAGAACGUCACCAUCGCAAAAUGCCUUGUUGAGGAGCUGAGCAUCGACCAUAAUAAAUCAAACCACGAAGGUCUGACGGCUCGCGAAACGAUCGAAAGCGACGGCUCGUUUCCAGAAGUCGCCGCUUAUUUGCGCGAGGUGGCUGGUGUAUCCGGUGAUAUCGAGGGCAAUGGCACCUUAUCGGUUGGAGAUGCUCUGAACCCUGCUCCACCGCUUCCUCCGAAUAUUAAGGUGAAUCUGGGGACAAUGUCUGAGCAGGAGGCGAAUGGAGGCAUUGGCGAGGUAGAUCCGGAAUUCAAGAGGAGGAUUGAUGAGCUUGCCGCGCGGGAAGACUUCCAAAGUGAAGCGAGCCAGAACGAGCUGCGGCGGCUUGUUAUGGAUGCGAUCCAAGGAUCUAAUAUUGAAACGCAAGAUAAGGAUGUGCGGAGGAGGGUAGAGUGAUGAUACCAGGCGGUGAUGAGAGAUGACCCCACGUACAUAUUCAUUUAAUGCCCUGACGUGCUCUGUGAGCCAAAUAUAUUGCUUGGAAUUUGA